GUUUCACACAUGAUGCAUCCGAUCCGCAGGUGAGACAUCUGAUGCUGCGCGCGACAGUCCGACACGAGCUGUGCUGCACCUGCGAGGAAGAGGAUGGUGGAAUGAUCUAUUGAGAGGAUGCUCCGUGAUAAUGGUGCAAUGAUCUCUGGGCUGUGAGGAAGAUGAUGUUUAUGGUGUCUGGAGCGGUUGUGGUGCUGGUAAGAAGAUCUGUGUGAAGAUUCCUCUGAGGGAUUAUAUAACUCACAAUGACUGCAGCUCAACUUUCUAGCUCACUGCAUGAAUCUCUUUGGAGAAACAGUAGUAAAUGGCAGUAGUUUUGGUGUUUUCCAGGCCAUCGUGUGCAUGUUCGACAUGAACGCACUUCUAGACCGAUUUCACAACUUCAUCCUACCGCGCAUGCGCGGACCCGAGCGCGUGUGUCACUGCACCUGCGGCAGGCAUCAUGUGGAAUAUGUGAUCCCAUACGAGGGCUCCGUCUCGAGGGACUACAUCGGUUCCUCUGCUGGUUCCAGUGUGAGUAAACAGGAACUGGACCUGGUUCUGGGUCUGCUGAUGGGCUUCUGUAUCAGCUGGAUUCUGCUGUGGCUGGACGGGGUACUUCACUGCGCUCUGAGGAUCUGGAGAUCCAGCAGACAUAACAGCGCAGAUGGCGAGUUGUGGCGCUCGUGGCGUUGGGUCUCUCGUGUGUGUAACAUCAGAGAGCUGCGCAGACGUCUGCAAACGCGCCGGACGGAAGACUCCGGGAAUAAUGUGAUCCACGUCAAACAGAAGCUUUACCACAACGGCCAUCCGAGUCCCCGGCGACUCUGACACUCACAGAGCGGCUCUAAAGACAACAGCCGAUCACGGACUUCAUUCUGACUCGCAUCCAGCAAGUUUUUAUCGUUUGUAGUUUACAAUCGGACGCUGCACUCUUCUGCUGGAUUCAGUUUUUUGCUUGCUGUGUGUUUUUCACGGGUUUUAUGAGUGUUAGUUUUGUAGGGACUGCACAUCAUGGGAGUAUUUGCAUUUUUUAGAUGAAUAUUUGUGCUCCGGGUAACAGUGUCGGUUUUAACACAGCAUGCUGGUAAUGUUUAGUAAAAAGCUUUAGUUUGAGGUCAGAUGUAUUUUUGAGGAUUUUGAUGUUUAGAUGAUGUUUUGAGAUCUUUUUGUGAUGUUAGAAGAACAGAGAUCUUCAUUCCGAGUCAAACUGCUGCUGUAAAUUGUGUUUGUGUAACAUUAAAGUGA